CAAGACUCAAGCAAGCAGAGAACUCCAACAACCCUCAUAAACGGUGACAAAACCAUAAAAGCAUAAAACCAUAAUCCAUCCUUUCCGAACCAAACCAACCAUGACAAUGCUAUCCAUAACAACAGCCACAAGCAAACCCCUCAAUAAUAACAGCAAGACGUCUAAGAUUGAAUGCCCCGCAACAAUGGCUCUAACUUCUCUCAUUGGCAUUAAGCGUGAUGCUACCUCUCUGAUGCUACCCUUGGUCGGUGAUCAGGCUUCGCAUUCAACUCUCAGUGAUGGCGUGGACUUCCCCAGCAUCGAAUGGCUCCACGAUGACGAUCAAGCAGCCGCCACACAGCAAGAUGCGAUGACUCGCGGCGUCAAUCAAUGCCUGCAAGAAGCCUUUCGCCUGGCACAAAGUUUUGAUACAUGUACUACUGUGUCCAUUGAACCGACAGACCGCCCCAAGAAGCGCCGUCGACUUGGCAGCAACACCACUACUGGAAUGUUGCGCUCUAAUGCGGUCCCUUGCAGCUUGGCUUCCUUGGCAGCAGCAUCGAAAUCCGAUUCAGACGAGCUGUUCCCGUCCACACUAAAGCCACUCUUGCCACUGUCACUUCCCACCACCCAUGAAAAGCUUUCGCCACUUGCCCAUGAAAAACUCUUGCCCGCACUCCUGUUUCGCGAUUCUACUAGUAUUCUGACGUUGAAGGAGUGUCCUUUUCCCAAGUCUUUCAAGUCUGCAUCUCGCACAUUGUCGUUGAACUGCAGAGUCUCUCCUCUGGCAUAACCAAGCGAGGAGACUUACUUGGGGGUUCCGUUUCAUUUUGCUGGCUUGUCAACGAGAACGAUCGAUGAUGAAGAUAUGGCGAACUUUUCCUGCUGCACUGCCAAACAACUUUUUGCACAUAUUUCCUUGCCUGCCGCCGCCAGUCUACAUGUACAUACUCAGCUGGCUGGCGGACUGGCGCUCAAGUUGUUGGCGUUUGCGAAUCACCAACCCACGGCAAACUCUUGUCUAUGCAUAUACGAUACUACUCCUCUUCUGCCACACCUUGUAUAUAUUCAGUGGCGAGGAUUACAAAAAGACAAGAGAGCCAAACAGCAGCAGGAUUUUGAAUCCACCAUCGUCCUCAUUCCCGUCUUCUUACGAACCGGGGCUACUCUAUUCGUUUCUGGGCAGCCAUUAGAUUUUACCAUUACUAAUAACUACUCUAGCUCAUUAUUCAAUCGCAU